GUUUCGUUUGUUUGGGUUCGGCCGGCCGGUGGGUGAUUCUUUCUUUCGUGAUCCAUUAUUUGUUGUGGUUCGGCUGCGCUCGUGAGAGACAUGUCACGCCACUCAGCUCUGCAGUAAACCUUAAUCGCAGUUCGUUGACUAUUUAAUUUGUUUUAUUUUAAUUUAAAUUAGUUUGAAGUGUGUCGUUUAUCGAUUUUUUUAUUACUGAUUUGUGCCUUCAUACAGUGAAUAAACUCGAGGAAGUUCUCUUUCUUUCUAAGAAGUCCCGAAAAGGUUCAACAUUUAAAAAUGCAACUUUCUUUGGAUACAAUGUUGGGUAAAAAGCCUGAUAAAUGUAAAGUGUGUUUGCUUCGGAAUGUAAAACCGGAACAUUAUGAAUCCGAAAAACACAAGCAGAAUUGUUGUCUGAAGAAAUAUACAGUAAAUAAGUCACAUUUUACUGCAAACCGUUUAAAAGUAGCUUCGUUAUAUUGCGAAGUCACCUCAUCUACUGCCUCUACCAACAGUAGAGAAGGAAAAAUUAAGGUUUCUGUAAAACCUGAUGAGACAGUUGAAUUUAAAUUUACUCUCUCUAAUGAUAGUAAGAUGAAUAGUCUAGAAGUGAUUGCAGUAGACUUGGUACAUUCAGAACUUAAUUUUGAGAUACCCAACAACCCGUACAAGCCUGGGAAUGAGCCUCACAUAAUCGCACCAAGAACCAAGCUGCCUGAUAAAGUUGUGGUCAGUUUUAAAUCACCACACAUUGGACAGUAUGAAACUCCAAUCCUUUUCAAAUUGAAGCAGAAAGACGCUAGUAACGAGACCAUUGCUUUAAUGAGAGAUAUGGUGGUUUAUGUGGAGGAGACUGUGUCGCUCCAUGACAAGAUUAUAAGCCCUUAUGAAAAAAAACCGGUAUGGGCAAAACAAUUGCUCAGGUCUCCUCACAAAGAGGAGUCGGACGAAAUGUUUCCAAUACCAAAAAGUUGCAAGCUAAUCUUUGCAAAUAAUUUGCAAGUCGCUGGCAAAGCUACUGAGCUUGAUAAAGAAUUGGCGGCUGACAUCAGGAAAACACUCGAAGUGGGUAUCACCAAGGAGAAUUAUGUAAAGUUCUUCCAUAACUUGCUUUGGUACGAAGAGACCAUCAUCAGAGUUAAUAUUAAGAACUAUAAUAUGUCAGGGGUCACCUUGAAAAUCCAGGCAACCCCGAACCAUGGUAUUGUCUAUGCUCUAACUAUACCGGGGCUUAGCGAAAAGAGACCUUCUGUUAUGAUCGGCGACUUAUUAUUCCUGAGGCACCAUAACCACAAUGACGUGAUGUUUGAAGCGAUCGUUAAAGAGGUCACUGAGAACGUAGCAUAUGUUGGAGGGUUGCAUGCCAACUUCGGCAGCGGCUAUUCGCUGACUGCCCUAUACGACAUUCGAUUCUUUAUGUCUCGGAUCUCAUUGGAGAGGAUGCACAAAGCUGUGCACGAGAUUCGAGACAACGGCCAUUACCCGAGGAUCUUCCCGACUAGGAACACACACGACGUUAAAGUUGAAUCCAUCUUAAAUUACUUCAAUCCGCUGGUGGAAGAGAACGAGGAGCAGCGUUGUGCUGUGGAGCGUAUAGUGGCGGGGACGUCCGGCACCGCGCCCUACUUGGUGCACGGCCCGCCCGGGACUGGCAAAACUAUUACCAUCGUCGAGGCUGUGUUGCAGUUGGCAAUCCGACCUGCGAAAACCCGCAUACUGAUAUGCACGGACUCCAAUAUGGCGGCGGACCAUGUGGCGUGCAUGCUGAUCAAAUACAAACACAUGUUCCCGAAGGACAAGUGGUUGCUUCGAGCUAACUCUAAGUUUAGGAACUGGGACACAUUGCCGGAAUGCUUGUACAAAUUCUCCAAUGGGAUAAAUCGUCAACGUUUCGUGAACGUCAGCUUAGACGAUUUUAUAAAGUACACUAUUGUCAUCACAACACUAUCCCAUGCAGCCAAGUUUGGAAGACACAUGUUUCAUCGCCGUAUGGGCAAUCAUGUCUCCCAUCUAUUCAUCGACGAGGCCGCCCAGGCCAGUGAGCCAGCCAGCCUGAUCCCAGUCUGUGCUCUACUGAAGCAAUCUGGCACCCUAGUCCUGGCUGGAGACCCACACCAACUCGGUCCCGUCGUCAUAUCCAGGACCGCUGCGAGAAUUGGACUUGGAACAUCUCUGAUGGAGCGUCUGAUGAAGACCAAUGACUUGUACUCUGAUGACGAAAAGAAACCCGAUUACGUUGUAAUGUUGCGAGACAAUUUCCGAUCGCACCCUGAUAUUUUGGAAAUUCCUGACAAACUCUUCUAUAAGGGACAACUUCGGGCAUGUGCUGAGAAAGAUCCCUUGAGUACCAUCGAUGUCCUGGGUGAAAAGGAGACCAGUCGCGCCAUCGUGUUCCAUGGAGUGCUAUCCAAGGAAGAGAAGAUGGGCAAGUCACCGAGCUACUUCAACAUGAUGGAAUGCGAGAUGGUGCAGCAAUACGUAAAACGUUUGGUGCAAGUACACAAUGUAUCUGCGUGUGAUAUUGGCGUCGUCACUCCGUACAUACGUCAGGUAUACCAAAUAAGGAAGUCUCUACAAGAAUGUGGCAUCAGGAAGAUAGAUGUUGGUACUGUGGAAGGUUACCAAGGCCAGGAGAAGCGCGUGGUCAUAAUAUCCACCGUCAGAGCGAACUGCGACUUACUGGAGUAUGAUGCCAAGUUCCAACUCGGAUUCCUUGUCGAUGAUAAACGUUUCAACGUAGCCAUUACCCGCGCUAAAGCCAAAGUGAUCAUCAUUGGUAACCCGCUGUGCUUAGAGAAAGACGUCAAAUGGCGUAUGUACAUGGAUCGCUGCCGUGAACUGGGAACAUACCAUGGUUUCGACUCCAAACACAUCAUGUCUAAUGGCAGUGGCCAGCAAAUUGUAAAUAAACUAGCACCUCUGCUAAAAGGCAUGUCAAUUAGCGUCAGAAAGCCAAAGAAGUAAUUAUUUUUUUGAACUCAUGUAGUGCCGUAUUAAGCUAGGAGUCGUAAUAUUUAAAUUGCGUUAUUAUUUUUUUGAAAUGUCGACUAAGUUUUUCGAUGAUUUUGUAUACGAGAAGUUAAUGUCAUUUUUAUUCUACGUCAAGUAGCAACAAAAAGGAAUUAAAUCAAUUAAUGGAAUUUUAUUAUUAUUUUAAAAUUUUUAUGGAUUUAUAAUUUGAAAACACAUUCCUCUUGCUACGAGCUCUACGCGAAAAUUUAACACAAGUUGGUGCUACGCUUCUAAUAGGUGCUUUGCCUGCCCUUUCAUAGGGAUAUAAAAAUUAAAUAGAAGGGCAUAAGGUACAAUUUUCUACAGGCCCUGUGCACAUUUAAUCUAGCACUAGAUUACUCUCCGUAUAUACGUGGCGUUGCUCAAACGAGAGACUUGUGUAUGUUUCUAAAUGCAUUUGUUUUAAUGAAAUUCCUUGACAAAUAAUCACCAACCCGCCUAUCAGUUGUGGUGAUAAUUUUUUUUAUAUAAUUUUUGACGGAUGAGAGCUUUUAUAUACAAUAAUGAAUUAUAUAAGUAGUUUUCUACACCGUAUUAUAUCAAUGUAUUUUACACCAUAGUUUUAGAGUUUUGAUACAAUUAUGGCGUGUGGCAACAUUACACUUAUUUUUAAGCAUUUUUGAGGUCUGUGUUGUCGUCUAUUACAAUUUCUAUUUAUUUUUUACAUCCGCUGCCUCCGAAUUACUCAUUUCACCUUUAUAUUCGUAAUUUUUUAAAAGUAUGCGUGCAUGCCUAGUUAAUCCCUAUUAAGUGGGUAUGUGUGGUGGGAAGGUGUCCCAGAAAAAAUAAAUACUGUUUCUGUUUUCUGUUCGUAAAAUAAUUAGUGUAAAACAUUGUUAUGUGUAUUGUAUUGUACUACAAUGAAUUUGAUCUCGUAUUUCAAAAAAGUGCCAUUUAUUUGUUAUUUGAUGGAAAAAUAUGUGAUAAGGUAAGGUUAACAUAAAAAAGGGUAGUGUUUGCAUUUUUUAGGCGUAUUUGUAUGUAUGACGCCUUGGAUAAUACGUAAAAACAUUUUACGUUUUUGUAAAGCUUAGUAUAGUAUAAUGUGAUUGGGUAACUUACCGUCAAAAAAUUUAACUGUGAUUGGUUUAAAGUUAUAUGGUAAAAGUGUGCCAAAAUUUCGAUUAAAAGUUCAUAGAACUAUGGGUUUUCGGUAAAUGUUGACUAGUAGUCUAAAUAAGGGUUUUCUAAUAUCGAUAAGGUGUAAAAUAGGUUGCAGCGGAUGUUAAUUUAGUAGUUUGAGGCCUUAGUACGAGUUUGUUUUGCGUGUAAAGUAAUCGAAACAAGACCGCGUUCGGCGCAUUGAUUGGUUGGUUUCUUGAACUGGCCAAUCAGAGUACCAUCGAAUUCGUACUCGUUUCGAUUAGUUUAAACAUAAAACAAUUCAUACUAGGCCCUCUGUAUAAUUUUAUUUACGUGACGUCUAAAUAACUCAUUGCUUUACACUUGGACCACUUAUUACAAUAUAGUAUCUAUUACACAGUUCGCCUACUAGCAAGUUUUCCCGCCAACCACGUAGGUUAAAAUGACUUUAUUCUAAUCAAUUAAGAUUUAAGAAUCAAUUAAUUUUUUAACUAAGUCCUAGAAUGCCUUUUUAACCGACUAAAUAGACAUGUUUAAUAAAUAAUAUUGACCCCACAUAAAAGGACUGUUGUAAAGUUUAUAAAGAUUUCACAUUAGCUAUACAGGGUGUAAACAGAACGCUUUAAAAUGCAGAAAAAAAAGUUUUUAUAAUUUUAAUCGUUUUUGUUUUCGUGUUUUUUUCAUUCAAAAUCAGCCUUGUGCAGCCUAGUUGCAUAAAAGAAAAAAAUAAUUUUCAUUCCUUACUUUUUUGAAAAUUAAUUCUCAUUUUUUUCAUCACCUGCCUUCAUUUUUUGGCAGUGUUCUCCUUACAUCCUGUAUAUUAUUAGAAUUAUAUUCAUAAUCCAUAAAGUUCAUACCCUAUAAUUAAAUUAUAAGUUUAUUUUCAUACGAACUAAUAAUGAAUAAUAUUUUUAUAAAUCGAUUUUUUACUAAAUACACCUAAUGGAUUAUUUUCAUGGAAUCAUUGACAAGUAGGUAUAUUUUUUUUUUACCUACAUGUCAUCAGUAGUUUGUUAGAUUAUAAGUAUAGUACAUAUUUAGUUCGUAUACAUGUGAGAUUAUGUGUUAAAAUAACGCACACGCCGCGUUUUGCAUACACGCAUAUUAAGAGUAGAUUUGACUACAAGAUAAACGAAUCUACACCAAAUAUUCUGCCCACAUUUUGGUGUGAAUUUCAUAGAUUUUAAAGUAUUGAGUGAUUUAUUAGUUGGUACAUAAUUAUUUUAUUUGCUGAUUAUGAACCAUGUACUAGAUUAUAAAGCAAGUUUAUUGAGUGUAACAUGGUCACAGCAACUAAAAUAAAUGUGAACAUAUUAUUAUAUAAUUAUCGAUAUUUUGUCGUUCUAUUCAUGAGUACAGGGACAAAAUCGACAUUAUACUUGUAAGAAGGCCAAGAUUUUUCCAUAUGUUCUCCUUAAAAAAGUUUCAUAAGUUUGUUGUUGGCAUUAUUUAUUUUACAUAAUUGAUACUAUGUAAAUGAGUUUUAACAAAUUGCAUUAAUUUUUGUGCCAUAUUUUUAUUUGGAAUAAGAAUUUUGUUAAAAAUAUUUUAUUACCUAUAAUCAUUUAAAAACGUAUGGAGAGUCAAUUAGUGAAAAUAUCUUGGUGCUAAAUUUAUAAGACUUGGAAUAAAUGUCUAUACACAGAUCAGUAGAAAAUAUACACGUAAUAAAAAUAA